AUGGCUAAGAAUAUUCUUGGAAGCCGUUUUAUGGCUCUUCAGCAUUCCACUUUAUCACAUAAUAUUGUUAUUGGUAAAUCACAGUUUUCUCGUUCAUUUUCUUCGUUAUUAUUUACAAAAAAUCAAAAUCAUUUUAUCAAAAUUCACAAUACAAAGCUUUCGUCAUUCCUCAAUUCAGUUAUUAAAGUUGACAAAGAUGAUUUGGUUAAAAAUGAAGUUCUUACAGACACUUAUAGAUCAUCAGAUGAAAAUAUCGAAAUUGAUGGAUGUGUCUUUUUCAAUUUGAGAAGUAAAGAAGAUGGUGCUGCAUGUAAUAUUCAAAAUUCGAAUGGAAUAUAUUCGAUUAAAAACAGUAUUUUCCAAGAUUGCAGAUGUGAACGAAAAGGUGGAGCAUUAUACAUAAAAUCAUAUAGCUUAGUUUUAUUUGGAAACUGUUUCCACCUAUGUCGCUGCGGAACACCGAACGGUAGCGAUGGAUCUACAAUUUAUGCUGACGCAUCAGACAUUAUUAAUACCUCAUUUGUUACAUGUCAUGAAUGUCCUAAAUUUGGUGAUAUGUGCUGGUACGGUAUCUGCAAUUUAUGGCAUGCAGACUUAUAUUCAAAUAAUAUUAACAUUUCUAAGAGCGAAGUUGAAUAUGUCUGCAGUCUUGCUCAUUGUGAACCUGCAAGGAAGAUUUCUGUCAUAAAAUUCUAUACUUCUGUCAAUGGAUUAACCGGAAAUUCAUUAACUUUUGUUGGUAUCCGUUUCCCAGGUAAUCAUCAAUUCGGAAAUAUUGUUAACAAUUCAGUCAAGUCCGGUUUAAUCUAUUUCCAAGAUUCUAAUACCGAUGUCAAAGAAUUUGUUUUUAUUUCUAACUCCGGACCAUUAACGUAUUCUUGUGUAGGCAUAAGUAAUGGUACAUUUAUCGGUUGUCUGUUUGAUCGUAAAUACGAAAAUGGAAAUGGCUACGAUUCUACCGUUGAUUGUAAGAUUCGUUUCAGAAACGUCACUCAAAUUCCAAUGCCAAUGGUGAAUACAUUUGUAUGUAACAACGCUAUUAAUUUUGAAGUUUCUUUUGAUCGAACUCCUUUGUUUAUUUUGAUUGGAGCUGUUGGUGUUGCUUUGUUAAUGAUUGCGACAUACUACAAGCAACUGUUAUACUUGUUCAGAAAAUUAUCUGGAAGAAGAUUCAAAUAA